AUGGCAGCCAUCAAUAUAUCCUGUUCCAGUUUGGGUUCUCUAGAUGCACCCUCCUUAGUGUUUCCUGAUGGAAAAGGCUUUUGUCAAAAUUCUUUGACAUCAAACCGAGGCCUAGGAAAGCAGAUCCAGCUGAUAAAGAUGGUGUCCCUUACGCUGAUUCCCAUCCUCGGAUUGUGGACUUUCUGUGUGUACCAGAUAACCGAAGAAGUUAAGAUCAGACAGAACCACGAAAACUCGAUAGACUCGCUGGCGUUUAGCAUCAAUGUAGGAAAGCUUGUCCAUCAUCUGCAGAACGAAAGAGAUUUAAGCAUGCUUUACCUCAGUCUUAUAGGUCCAGAAACUAAAGUUUUCCUGCUCCAUGAAUAUACAAUUACAGAUGAAUUUAUAGACAGUUUGCAAUAUUGGCCUCAGAAUCUGGAUCGGUAUAAUAGAGAGGUAUUUCGUUCGAAAAGUCAACUCUUAGCACACAUUGGGCGUCACCGUCACGACAUAGAGAGAUCCACAAUUGACCAAGAACACAAAUUUUACUCCUCUAUCAUAGACACAAUGGUUAUUUGGGGUUACGAAUCCAUAAAGGAAUCUAAAUUUGCUGUUAUAUGGAAAUCAGUAGUUGCCUUUCAGAAAAUAACAAUGGCUAAAGAAAACCUUGGAGUGGAGCGAGCUUUUGGUACCAUGUUUUUUGCACAAGGUGGAUUCGAAACUCACGAGCAGUACGAAGUUUACAACAUGAAUUGCUUUGGUUUCCAACAGAAUUAUGCUUCUGCAAGAAUUUAUUUUCCCAAUGUCGAUUACCUAUAUCUCUAUACAAUGGUAAGUGUUGGUAUUAAUGCGUCAGUUGCCAUAGACAAUUAUCGCAAAUAUAUCAAGGGGUUUGGUGAAGAAAAAAGGGACCCAAUUAAAGCAGACAUUAUAAUGGCUCGCUGGCACUACGACAAUGUCACCAAGUUACUGGACGCGCUUCUUAAUCUGCAGACGACACUUGGGAACAUAUGCAUGUCACAUUUGACUAGUCUCGCCGACAAAUCCAGAACAGCUGUUAUUAUCAAUUCCUCUCUUUUAGUGUUUGUUCUUCUCUCAUGUACCUUCGUAAUUUUCUAUACCGAAAAUCUGACCAGUAAUAUUCAGAAAUUUGCUGUACUUCUGGUAGAUAGAACUAAAGAGCUCAACUAUGAGAAGAAAAAGACGGACUCUCUCCUUUAUCAGAUGAUUCCAAAAUCUGUGGCUAGAAAACUGAAGAGGAAUGAUAGCAUUAAGGCAGAAUAUUUUGAUAUGGUAACAGUAUUCUUCUCCGAUGUCGAAGGUUUUGUCGCCGACAUCAUUCUCUCACUUUCGCCAUUGCGUAUAGUUGAGUUUCUGAACGUUCUCUAUAAUGCAAUCGACAGUCUCGUGGAUCAGAGAAACCUGUACAAAGUGGAGACCAUCAACGACUCUUACAUGGUUGUAUCAGGUUUGCCAAGGAGAAAUAAAGGUCUUCAUGCGUCAGAGAUAGCCAACUUCGCACUUACGUUACAGGAGAUGAUGAAAAUGAAAACAUUCUAUGAGUUUGGCCGACGUCAUAUACGACUUAGAAUAGGGAUCAAUUCGGGUCCAUGCAUGGCUGGAAUAGUUGGAUCAGUACUACCUCGUUAUUGCUUGUUUGGAGACACCGUUAACGUGGCGUCUAGGAUGAAAUCAACUGGUUUGCCAAACCAAAUUCACAUAACUCAUUCCACGUAUGCUUUGCUGAAUGAAACUGAAAAAUAUACCAUGAUAAAGCGCGGAAAUACCAAUAUCAAGGGUAAAGGAAAAAUGUGUACGUACUGGUUAAAAGAUGUUAUGCCAUCACUCAACGGAAGUACACAAUUAACAACUGCUAUAUCACCAAUCUCUGAUACGAGCUUAAACUUUGUUUACGAGAUGUUUCAAAAUCGCACCGCAUUGAGCCAGUCAUCAGAGGUUAACUCUGUCCUUCCAGCUCGGUCUUUGUCACAUAACGCAAGUGUACCACAAUUGCCAGAAAGUACUACCGGUAUCCCCAACAAAACGCCCCCGCCAAUCAGUGUAGAACCCCCUGACUUCAACGCCUUCAAACACGUUAUGGGAAGGAGAAAGACUGAUGUAUGCAUCGACGAACAGGAGAGUGGAUGAAACUCAAGAUUAUCUGGCAUAUAAGCGUUUCAUCUACAUUAACUUUUACUGGAGAAUCCACAAUCCUGUUUUGAUGUAAUCUUAUCUUUAAAUGGUAUACACAGCGUUUCAUAAAUGCCACGCGAUAUCACAAAUGAUAAAUUGUAACAUAUUAAUCUGCCUAAGUACAAAGUUCGUAUGAAAAUAGAAUGAUCUCACUUUGGUUUCGUUUAAAGGUGAUGCUUGACUUGUUCGUAUCAAAAGACAUUAUCAUCUGUAGUAUAAAGGCGUUGAGAAUAAUGAGGAAUUUAUCCGGCAGUAUCAAAAGAAAAAAAUGAAGCAGCUACAUUUAAACGGCGAUGAAACUAUUUCGUGUAUUUGUCAAAGCACGUGUAACUCAGUACAGCAUCCCUCUUUCCCCGAUUGUCUCCCUCUUUCCCCGAUUGUAUCCCUCUUUUCCUGAUUGUCUCCCUCUUUCCCCGAUUGUCUCCCUCUUUCCCCGAUUGUCUCCCUCUUUCUCCGAUUGUCAGUUGUGAUGAGAUUUCUAUACAUAAUGCACGACAGAAGAACGGUUCAAAUGGAUUGCAUUAGCGGGACCUGAGGACGGUUGAUUCGGAAGGUAAUGCUGUUUUGAUACGGACACUUUCCUGUAUAAACAUCCGUGGAGGUAAUUAACAGUACUCAGCAGUUUCCUUCAAGCUCAGACAAAUAAUUCAAACAAACAAAUCUAGAACAUGAUAAAGCAAAUAUCGACGUCGAUAGUACAUGUAACAACAACAAAAAUGCGCCCGCCAAUUCCCCUCACACGGUCUGACUGGAAACGCUAUCUGGAUGACUGAUUUAAAUCCCACUCCUCAAGACCAUAAACUGAGAAUAGACUGAAGUCUAAAUUUCAAAUCCAGCUUACUUUUGAAAUAAUUUUCAUAAAAAAAUAUUUUUUUUAGUGUAUGUUUGAAUUUGAUUUUUUUUUUCAUAUAUAUAAACCUGUAUUUUUUUAAACAUCUGUGCUAAA